AUGGCUGAAUUGGUCGACCAUUCACCAAACCACCCCACCACAGCUGGGCGUCUGGACAAUGCCUCGAAGGUGAUCCUGAUCGAUAACUACGACUCGUUUACCUGGAAUCUGUACCAGUAUCUUGUCCUGGAGGGCGCCACAGUCAAGGUCAUCAGGAAUGAUGCUGCCACUUUGGAGGAAUUGAUCGCAGAGAAGCCCACCCAGCUCGUUCUCAGCCCUGGUCCCGGUCAUCCCAAGACCGACUCGGGCAUCUGCAACGAGGCAAUCCAGCAUUUCGCAGGGAAGAUACCGGUGUUUGGAGUGUGUAUGGGCCAGCAGUGCAUCAUAUCCUCGUUUGGCGGAGAGGUAGACAUCGCCGGCGAGAUCCUACACGGCAAGACUUCGCCGUUGAAGCAUGAUUCCAAGGGCGUAUAUGCCUCGCUCCCGCCUUCGCUGAACAUCACACGCUACCAUUCGCUGGCUGGAACCCAUACCACGAUUCCGGACUGUCUUGAGAUCUCCUCCACGACCGACCUGGGAGACGCUGACCGGCCAGAGGUCAUCAUGGGCGUGAGACACAAGGAGUUCACCGUAGAGGGAGUCCAGUUCCACCCAGAGAGUAUCCUGACCGAGCAUGGGCGAGCCAUGUUCCGGAACUUCCUCUUGACUCGUGGUGGGACGUGGGAAGAGCACAAUGCCUCUGCACCCGUUGCUGGGUCUACGAACGGUCAAUCUACUGACACCAAGAAAGGGUCAAUCCUGGAAAAAAUCUACGCCCACCGUCAAGCAGCAGUCAAACUGCAGAAGACAAUUCCAUCUCAGACCCCCGAAGACCUCCAGGCUUCGUAUGACCUCGGCAUUUCUCCUCCACAGAUCUCGUUCCCAGACCGUCUAGCGAAGUCGCCGUUCCCUCUCUCGCUCAUGGCUGAAAUUAAGAGAGCUUCCCCUUCGAAGGGUAUCAUUGCGGCAUCCAUCUGCGCCCCUGCUCAGGCCAGAAAGUACGCCAUGGCUGGUGCUAGUGUUAUAUCCGUCCUUACUGAGCCUGAGUGGUUCAAGGGAAGCCUAGAUGACCUACGUGCAGUUCGACAGAGCUUGGAGGGUACCCCAAACCGCCCUGCAAUCCUACGGAAGGAAUUUGUCUUUGACGAGUACCAAAUCCUUGAAGCACGUCUUGCCGGUGCUGAUACAGUGCUUCUGAUUGUUAAGAUGCUCGAAGAGUCACUCCUCAAGCGGCUCUUCGAAUAUUCCCGAGGGCUUGGCAUGGAGCCCCUGGUAGAGGUAAACAACCCUGAGGAGAUGGCUAUUGCGGUGAAGUUGGGCUCCAAGGUCAUUGGCGUGAAUAACCGCAAUCUUUCGAGUUUCGAAGUCGAUCUGGAGACUACUAGUCGGCUAAUGGAUCAAGUCCCUGAGUCCACCAUUGUGUGUGCCCUUAGUGGCAUCUCUGGUCCCGAUGACGUUGCUCCAUAUCAGAAGAACGGGGUCAAGGCUGUCCUUGUAGGAGAAGCUCUAAUGCGCGCUCAAGACGUCAAUGAAUUUGUUUCUACUCUUUUCGGGACAAAACCUGGGCCUGCCACCCAAACGCCAGGUGCUCCCCUGGUAAAGAUAUGUGGAACACGAUCUGCCAACGCUGCCAAGGAGGCCAUUGAAGCUGGUGCUGACCUGAUUGGUAUCAUUUUGGCCGAAGGUCGAUCAAGAACUGUCUCCAACGAGACUGCCCUUGAAAUCUCCAAUACUGUCAAGUCAACCCCGCGCCCAUCGCCUUUGACAACACAAAGUACCAACGGAGACGCACUCCUUGCUUCCGACUAUUUCGAUCAUUCCACCGGCCUCCUCAGGCAUCCAGACCGUGCCCUCUUGGUCGGCGUUUUCCAAAACCAGCCCCUAUCCUACAUUAUAUCACAACAGCAGAAGUUAGGCCUCGAUGUAAUUCAACUUCACGGAUCCGAGCCUCUUGAAUGGUCAUCCCUUCUUCCUGUGCCAGUCAUCAAAAAAUUCUCGACCUCAGAUUCAGGGGUCUCCCGAAGGGGUCACCACACGCUUCCCCUCCUGGACUCGGGUGCUGGAGGUACCGGCGAGAAACUUGGCCAUGACCAAGUCAAAGCUGUUCUGCAGCAUGAUGCCGGACUACGCGUGAUCUUGGCGGGCGGGCUGGAUGAUAAGAAUGUCAUCGAGGCCGUUCAAGGUCUUGACGAAGAAGGCAAAAAGGUCGUGGGUGUGGAUGUCAGCAGUGGCGUUGAAACUGAUGGAGAGCAGGAUGUGGAAAAGAUCAAGGCUUUCAUCACUGCGGCUAAAAAUAUCAGAAACACUGCUUUGUGA